UUCCACGCUAUCCGGCAGCUGAACGAGAGUUCAAGUGAACCGGAUAAUCAGAGAAAGCAAAAUUGGAAUUUUUUGGAUUUUGGACUGGCGCAUCCAUUCUGUAAAGAAGGAAUUUCAAAUAGCUUUCGGAUAUUUUUUUCUAUCUUUUGCAAUUUUAAAUAACCGCUCGGUUCCAAAUGAUAGUUUUACUUCAUUUCUGAUAGCAAUUAAUUAGAUACAAAGAAAAAAAUGGAGCGUUUGGACCGAAUUAGUAAUGACUUAAAACGUAAAAGUAGAAAAUAUUUAAUGAUGUGCAACUCAAAUUGCUGAAUUGUUAUAAUUAUGAAAUUCAGAGAAAAUAUGAAUCUCUAUUAUUGUUUUACUAAAGCAUCAUUUAAUUUUAUUGUUUCUUUUUCUGAUAAAGUUAAAAUUUUCGGAACAAAACCAAAAUCAUUGUUACAGAAUAUAACUCAAUGAGCUAGUUGUAGACUUUUCAAUGUAGCUUUUGGUGUCUUAUGCUUUUUCUCUUCAAUUCUCAAUCGAUAUAGAAGUAGAUUGUAAUUUAGCGUAGAUUUCAGGGGCAAACUAGCAACAACUACUUUCUUUCGUGACUGUAGGUAAAAUAGUUAGACGGUAGAAACCUGAAAAACUUGAAGGAUUUUUACUGGAGUUAGACACGUCGAUCUUUGUGGUCAAUAAGCAUAGACUUUUUAAUCCCUUAAAUACGAAAUAUAUCAUUGGAAAUUUGCCUUAUAGGUAACGUAUAUAUAUCUUCUGACAAGGAAAAACAACCAACCCAAACUUCCUCGAUUUCAACCAAAGAAAAAUAUUUUCAUAACUUACUAUCGUCGGAAGCUAUAAAUCGAAUUGGUGCAUAUUUAUAAUUAGAAGUUGAAUAGAUGAUUGAAUAUUUAAGGUAAUCACAGGACCAAAAUGAUGUUAUUUUUCACCCAGUUUUCUAAGAAGUCAUGAAACACAGUGCCUGGAGUUAAGUUGAGAAAUAUCUAUAGUAUUCGUUGAAAUGAUGAAAGUAGAAGCUUACUGAAGGUAACCGAAAGACAUUGUGCAUGCAGUUUUAAAAUAAGGAUUUGCUCCGAUGAAUGUCAACAAUACUUCACAAUGAAAAGUUCCCAGCGGUUGGGUUCCCGGGACGUCCUGAUGCGGCGUGGCUGCCGGGAAUGGCGCUAGCGGGUGUGCCAUGAACCUGGAUGCCGAGAACCGCGUCGUCCUGAACGUGGGGGGGAUCCGGCACGAAACCUACAAGACUACUCUGAGGAAGAUUCCAGCCACUCGCCUAUCACGGUUGACAGAGGCUCUGGCCAACUAUGAUCCUGUACUCAACGAAUACUUCUUCGAUCGGCACCCGGGGGUCUUCGGACAGAUCCUCAACUACUAUCGCACCGGCAAAUUGCACUACCCUACAGACGUCUGCGGGCCCCUCUUCGAAGAGGAGCUUGAAUUCUGGGGACUUGAUUCAAAUCAGGUGGAACCGUGCUGCUGGAUGACGUACACACAGCAUCGCGACACCCAGGAGACGCUGGCGGUGCUGGAUCGGCUGGAUUUGGACACAGAAAAGCCGAGCGAUGAGGAGAUCGCACGCAAGUUCUGCAUGGAGGAAGAUUACAACAACGGCACAUUAUCCUGCUGGCAGCGGAUGAAACCAAAGAUAUGGUCACUUUUCGAUGAGCCUUACUCAUCGCUGUGGGCUAAAAUCAUUGGAGUGAUGUCGGUGUUCUUCAUCUGCGUGUCCAUCCUGUCCUUCUGUCUGAAGACACACCCCAACAUGCGCGUGCCGGUGAUCCGCAAUGUGACCGUGCUGGACACCACGACCAACAAGGUCGCCUGGACCCUGGAUAAGGUGCGCACCAACCCGCAUGACGCCUUUUUCUUUAUCGAGUGUGCUUGCAACGCUUGGUUCACCUUCGAGAUCUCGAUUCGCUUCGUCGCCUGCCCCCGCAAGUUGGAAUUCGCGAAGGGGGCCGUCAACGUCAUCGACUUCACGGCCACCCUCUCCUUCUAUAUCGACCUGGCCCUACAGAAGUUCGCCGCUCACCUCGAGAAUGCGGACAUCCUUGAAUUCUUCAGUAUCAUCCGGAUCAUGAGGUUAUUCAAACUGACUCGCCAUUCUGCUGGUCUCAAAAUCCUCAUCCAAACUUUCAAGGCUAGUGCGGGGGAGCUUAUACUGCUCGUUUUCUUCCUCGUCCUGGGGAUAGUCAUUUUCGCCUCCCUCGUCUACUAUGCAGAGAGGAUACAGGCCAACCCCAACAAUGAUUUCACCAGCAUCCCUUUAGGACUCUGGUGGGCCCUGGUCACCAUGACCACCGUGGGCUAUGGGGACAUGGCCCCCAAGACAUACGCAGGCAUGUUCGUCGGCGCCUUAUGCGCCCUUGCGGGUGUGCUGACUAUCGCACUUCCCGUGCCUGUCAUUGUGUCCAACUUCGCCAUGUUCUACUCGCAUACACAAGCUCGCGCCAAGUUGCCCAAGAAGAGAAGACGAGUGCUCCCCGUGGAGCAGCCCCGAGGCCUAAGGGGCAGAGGCAUACCAGGAGCAGGUGGGGACAGGAGGAUGAAUGCUUUGAAACACCCGCAAGACGUGCCAACACCUAAACUGGGUGAGAAGGAACCAAUGCUUAACCACAACCGUGAGGAGACCCCUGCCGCCCCGCCUGUUCGAAAUCGCAGGCAGAGUGCUAUCGACAGAGCCGCCAGGCUAGUGGACAUACACCACACCGUCGUCCACGUGUCCACCGAAAUCGCAGUUGCAGGAGAGGUGGUUAAGUCACCAGAGAGAACGGGCAACGGCAGCCCUGGCAGCGGCCUGCUGACCAAGUCGGAAGGCCCGAUCAACUCAUCCGGAACCGGCAACAAAACAGUCGAUGCUUAAACGCGACGAACUCUGACAAAACAUCAUAUCUGUGGAAUGACGAACUUCUCUAUAAGUGGCUUCAAAACCAAAUCAGGAAAAGAGUUUAUCGUUUUUAGAGGGAAAUUCUCUCUGGUAUCUCAGAAAAGCAGGACAAUUAGACUGGAUCUGUUAAGGCUAGAACCAGACAUAGAAAAUAGUACUGUGGUCAAAAAAUAGUAAUGGGCAUUAUUUCAUGAAAUAUAAAUUUUAAUUCAUUGAUCUAUAUUUAUACUGACUGCUUUUCUCAAUCCUCGAAGAAUGAUUAAACGUCGUUCCAGAAUUAAUUAAAUUUUUUCAUGUCCUGCUUCAGUAUAAUCGAAAACCGCGAAGUGAUAUAUUUAAAAAUGAAGUCACAAGCUGCUGGUAAAUAUGAAACUAGCCGGAGCGAAUUUCUGUUCAAAAUUCAUGAGUAAAAAGAGGAUUUGAUAAAAUCCCCUGUCUUGGCUCAAAAUUUAUUAGAUAUUGUGCUAGAUAUCAGAAUAUUUUACACUAUUUCUUAAUGGAAACUUCUCAAAACACACUAAUCUGAUUAAAGUUCGGAUAACUGGUUAGAAUUUGUUAAACUCAAACACCGUAACAAUAUUUUUAAAAAAAUUGUUGAUAUUUGAGACAUUUUCUGCCUUAAAAAAAAGACAGGCAGGUUAUUAUCACUUAACUCAUUAAGAAAUUAAAAUAAAAUGUAUAAAACAUUCUCUAACAUGAUUUCUAUAAAUAAAUUCAAUUCUUCUACCAGGAAAUAUCGGAUAUGCAAUUAUUAUACUACUAUUUUAAUUAUCUGCAGCUAACAGGAUAGCAUUUCCAAACGGAACGCUCCCGGUCCACAGCCUGUAGUUUGAACCAUUUUACAUUUAUCAAAAAUUCUUAUUAUUCAUAAAGCGUCUUCUCAAAAGAUUUUCAACAUUACUGCAAAUUUUUGCAGCAGAAGCAAGAUUUAAACCAUUUCGGUAACUUUAAAUGUUCUAUUUAUUAAAAUUUCAAUGAAAAUGAAACGCGAAUUUUGUCUAAAUGUGAUCAAAGAUUGUGUUGAAAAAUUGUAGAAAUUUAUAAAUGACUUGCUGCAAGCGCUUCUUUAAAAAGCUUUUUUUAUCAAUAAUUGUUAUAUGCUUCAAAUAUCUCCACGGUAUUUCAUAUUUUUUGUCAUCAGAAAUUUAGUUAAGAAAACAAGCAGGAAAAUUGUAUUUUUCGUUAUGCUACAUGGGCCACUUUGUAUACUCUCUUACUGAAUAUUGAUGAAUGUAGUCGUAACUUCAGAAGAGUAAUGUAAACAGUCUUUUAUAUCGGACAUUUCAAAUUAAUUAUUCCUAAUACUUCUUGAUCACAGUAUCAUCAUCUUUUGGGAAAAAAUAUUCUGUGCAAUUACUACUACAGACAAGCCAGAACAAGGCCGGCUGUAACCUUGCAGAAAUGCCUUCAGAUAUAACAAAUAGCAAUCUUUCAUUCAAAUGCGUGGACCAAGUGUAAGUAGAUAUAUUCGCGCGGAGAACUCUCAUGUGACUUAUAAACUCGCAUUCUUCCACUUAAAUUAUACAGAUAUUAAACGACAGUUUCACUUUCAUCAAUAUAUAUAUAAUAUAUAUGUUUAAAUUUUCUAUAAAAUAACUGAAACGAAACGAAUUUUAGAAAAUUUCGGUUUUUGUUUGGAAACGACAUAUAACUGACUUUGUAAAUUACGAUACUGUAAGUAGAGAUGAAAAGUGAUAAGAAAAGAUUUGACAUAGAAAAUUACUUAUUAUUUGAGAUAUAUUUUUAAAAAAUAUAUAUUAGAAGUGUCGAUGAAGGUUUCGCCUAUCCUAGUAGCCAAAAGAUAUGCAAUAUUUUUACGAUAUUGUCCAGUAUUCAGAAUAUUGUACAGGUUGGUUAUGAUUAAAGAAACCUUUCUCAGACUUAUGUAUAACUCGUUUUCAUGGAUUAAUUUUGCUGAAACUUAUAUGCCUUGUAAGGACAGAGAGAAAAUAUUUUUACAACUUUUUACAAUAUUUUACAAAAAAAUCAGAUUUCGAAUCUUGGGUGAAAACACGGGGUAUUAACAAAUUUCGCAAAAAUUUGAUCGUUUCGAAAGUGAGGACGUAGUAGUUCCUCCAUUUAUUGGCCAAUCUAGAAUGUUCUAUCAUCUUGCCCGACCGUUAAAAAUUCUUGAGAUGUUCUCAAAAGACAAGAAUGGCUCGCUGUAGGAUAAUGUUGAUUUUCACAAAGGAGGGUUUCGAGGAUGGCCUUAAAGAUAGAGGGAUCGAGAAUGAAAUCCACGCCCAAAGAUCAACUAUGUAAUCAGAAUGCACAAACCGAGACAUGCAGUACUUAUUAUACCAGAGUUUUUAGCGUUUCUUAUUCUAUUCAGGAAUGAAAUGCAUCUCAUUAAGCCACAGAAUUCCUCAAAACCAUAUACUGUUAUUCUUGUCAAAAACUAGCAAGUGAAAUCAGUCAAAUGAUUCGGGUCUUCGGGCACUAUUUAGUUCGAAUCUUACGAAUAACAAUUCCUAAAGGAUUACAGAUAUUUUCACCCUAUAGAACAAAGGACAGUUUAAGUGAAAAUGUUCGAAUAUUUGUUGAAAAAUCUUGGAAACACGGCUUCCACAGUUUAAUUUGAAAUCUGAUUCUAUGCUCUUCUAGCAGCACAUCUCCUAUCUAAAUGUAAAACUUUUCAUUCAAAUUAAUUUAGCCUUGCAAACAUCGAUAUUCUCAACAGCGAAGUUUCAUUUUUGCUGCAGUUCUAAGAAAACAAUUCGAUUGGGAAAGUCCGAUCUUCCAAGAAAUGAGUUUUUCGACAUUCAUUAAGCACUUUAAAAGUUUUCUGACUUUUAUUUUUAUUUGCACAAAAAAAAAAUGUCGCAAUGGAGACCAAAAUUAAUAUUGCAGAAAUAUAUAUAUAUAGUCGAUAUAACAUGUGCACUAUUUAAAAGGAAAUGCGCACAUCAUAACUCUAUAUGCCACAGUAAGCUCGCUUUGACAAAACCAUCCUAUACAAUACCGUCAAAAUUCCAUGACAAUGUUGUAGAAUAUCUUGCGCUAUCUAUUUGGGUAAUAAUUUUGUUCUGUUUCAGUUUGAAUCAAUUGAAGAGUAAUUAUUAUGCGGUUCUGAUUGCAUUUUAUGACUUUUAUAAAAAGCAAAUUUAGAAAAUAGUUCUGCUAAUUACGAGUAUGAGUGAUGCAAACAUAAGAAUAUUCAAGUAGGCAGGUUAGUGUAGACCUGAUGAUAAUUAAUCCAAUAGAAUCAAUUCUUGUGAUGCGGCAAUCACACGACUGAUUGUUCUAAAAGUGCUGAAUGCUUCUAAAUGUUAUACUCUUAUCAUCCAUUUUUAUGUAAUUCUUUUAAAUAGAAUAAAAGGCGUAGCUGUUCAAUUUUUGUGUUACAAUGUAAAAGAAAAGGAUGAAUAGAUUUUUCAAACUUACAAUUAAAGCUCACAGAUUGUUAAAAGCAUAAAUUGAAAUAAUUCAAAAGAAAUUUUUAACUAAGGUAAAACAUGCUCUUUUAGGCACAUUUGCCUAUCAAUUAAGUUAGAAAAUAAAUGUAAUUUAAUAAAUAAUUUUAAGAAUCAUAUUACAGGUUUAAAAAGUGUCAAUUUAGUUUAGAUUAGACUAACUUUAAAAACGUUAACAAGCACGAACGGACGUAUUAGGACACAAAAUUGAAUAAUAUGAUAUGCCAAAUUUAAAUUUAAGUGCGAAAAUAAACACACUUCCCUUCUGUAGGAACUGGGCUUGUAUUUCCAGAGGAAAAAUAAAACAAGAAAUGAACAAUUUUUUUUUUUUCAAUGUAAAGAAUUGUUCUUAUGAGCAACGAAUAUAUGAUGCACAACAGAUUCGAAACUAACCUAAAAACAGGUUCAGCAUGGGAUCAUGAAAUUCCUCAUUUAAAGAGACUGCAGAAGUUGAAAUAAAAUGACGAAUAAUUAGAAUUUCAGAUUUGCCUUUACUUAAAAUUAUCAUUUUAUGUGUUCAAGAAAAAAUUUCGAACACUCAUCUAAUUUAUGAGGAAUAAAAAACAUUAAUAAACUAGGCUAUGAAGCAAAUAGUUACAGGAGACUAUAUGAUGAAUCAGGGAAGCUAUUUAAGAAAAGCAGUCUUACCCCUCCUUACAAAAUGAUGCACCAAAAUUCACUAAGACUGAUACGAAACUCAAUUCGUGUGACAUAACAAAUGUAAGUUGCCUUAUAUUGUGUUGUAACUAUACUUUUUCCUCCUGCAAGAAGAGCAAAGAAUUUCAAAAUUAGAUGAGGAUGGCGCACUUGACCUGCAACAUAGACAAGGAUCCCACUGAAGGGAAUAAGAAAAUUGCUUGCUUUAAAAAUUAGGAAUUUGUGAAACUGUUCUGAAAACUAAUUUACGACGUUAUCUUUAUUCAAUGUAGAAUUAGAUAAAUAAUUAAAAAUCAUAAACAAAGCCUAACCUUCUAUAUAUUAUAUAAAAAAUCGGAUACUGUAUUAUUUUUUAUCAUUUUUUUUUUAAUAUUUUCGCAAUUUUCCAUACUUGAAUCACUUUUUGUUUUCGAAAUCAAAUAAUUACGAAUCUAUUAAAUAUUCUUGCUUAUAAUAUUAAACAAUAAAUUAAAAACAUACUUUAGAUGCAUAUUCUUAUAAAAUUUGCAUCACUCAUCAAAAACUCUAGGGUUGCUUUUUUUAUUUAUUUAAUUUCUUUCCAUAUUUUUAAACUGACUUGGCGUCAAUAACGUUCUCGAUGAAAUGUGCACAACCUGUCUUGAAGACAGCUUGAGCAUUCUUCAGACAAAGCUCUGUACUGAUGAAUUCUGUAAAAUGUAAACAUUCCUAUUCAAAACAUCUUUUUGGUGCUUAUGAAAUGUACAAAAAUGUGAUCCCUGUUAUACUCAUGUCUCUUGUUUUAUUUCCUUAUA